AUGUCAUUCCUCGCCAACCCGUUCGUCCGCCCAUCCAGAGCGCAGAAUGCUUGGUUUCUCGCUGGUUUAGCGUCAUCUUAUCCCAAUCUCGAUGACUCCGUGCGAGUCAGCGAGCAACGGCCGUGCGGUGGAAAAUUUGUACCUGGCUGUCGGGUAUUUCACGUGCCUCAAGAUGACAGCUCCAAAGCGACAGAGAUCUCAAUUGAUGAUUGGAAAGAUUCCGAUCUGGGUGGCAAUGCAAAAGAUCAGGUCAUGGUGUUCCAGUACAAGGGAAAAUUUAUUGCCGUGAACCACGAAUGCCCGCAUUCUUCAUACCCUCUUUCCAACGGCGCGCCCUUUGAUAUAGAAGAUUUUGGAGUGGUACUCAGUUCAGGAAUUCAAUGUCCUAAACAUGACUGGUCAUUUGAUUUACAUACGGGACGAUCCGAUCGUGGCAGUUAUAAGCUUCAAGUUUGGGAAGUUCAACAAAGAGCUGGUGCUGACGGUGACGAAAUAUGGAUAAGGAGAAAGCAAAGAAUUGGAUGA